AUGUUUAUGACAAAGAUGUGCUCCAAAUGUGAAAUCCGUCAAAAAGUUUGGUCAUAUUUAGAAGACAAUGAUAUAGCACUGCCUCCACGACCCGUCUUCGAUAGGAUACCUAACUUUAAGGGAUCAGAGAUUGCGUCCGAAACUAUUGUCAGACUCGAGGAGUUCGCAAAUGCAAGAGUUGUCAAAAUAAAUCCGGACAGACCUCAAGAAAGGGCCCGAUUCUGUGCACUCGAGUCAAGAAAGACAUUAUUAGUGCCGACACCGCGUCUCAGCUCAGGUCUAUUCAAUGAAAUCCAAGCGCCAGACUAUAGCCCACAAAUGCUAAAGACCUGCGCCUCGUCUCAAGGCGUUAAAUGCUUUAGUACUCCAAUUGGAUUGAAUUCAACAAUAAAAAUAGACUUAAUUAUUGUCGGAUCGGUAGCUGUUUCUAAGCAGGGUAUC